UUCGAUGUUUUUUUUACAACUAAUUCGUUUGCUCAGUUCAGGUUAGUGUCAUUCAGAAAGUCAGAAAUAUAACUCAAAGAAUGUCGGAAGAAGCAAAGAAAAUCGAUCUCUCUGGCGAUGGCGGUGUUCUCAAGGAAAUACUGAAAGAGGGAAGCGGCGUCGAAACGCCAAUCAAUGGCUGCAAAGUGUCGCUUCACUAUACCGGCAGACUUGUUGACGGCACCGAGUUCGAUUCCAGCGUGGGUCGCAAUGAACCAUUUGAAUUUUUGUUGGGCAAAGGACGCGUCAUCAAGGCAUUUGACAUGGGUGUCGCCACCAUGAAGCUAGGCGAGCGUUGUUUCCUAACAUGUGCUCCAAAUUACGCUUACGGCGCUGCUGGCAGCCCGCCAAGUAUACCGCCAGAUUCCACGCUCAUAUUUGAGCUAGAAAUGCUGGGCUGGAAGAGCGAGGAUCUCAGUCCAAAUCAGGAUGGAAGCAUUGAGCGGAUAAUUCUGGAACAGAGCGAUAAGAAGCGAACACCCAGCGACGGCGCCUUCGUUAAAGCUCACAUUUCGGGAAGUUUCGAUGGGCGUGUAUUUGACGAACGCGAUGUUGAGUUCGACUAUGGCGAGGGUAGUGCCAUUGGUAUUGUCGAAGGCCUUGAACUGGCCAUGGAAAAAAUGAAUAUUGGCGAAACAUCCAAAAUCAAAAUCCAUGCGAAAUACGCGUUCGGUGCCAAAGGGAACGAGGCAUUUAAGAUACCAUCGAACUCUACGAUUGAGUAUACUGUGAAAUUGAUUGACUGCGGCAAGGGACUGGAAGAGUGGAAGUUGAGUGACAGCGAACGAGUUGCCGAAGCGAAAGUCUACAAGGAGAAGGGCACCAACUACUUCAAAAAGGAGAACUUUGAAUUGGCCAUCAAAAUGUACAACAAGUGCAAGAAUCUGUUGCCGAGCAUUAAGGACAACACCAGCGACGAAGUAAAGUCACUCAAAAUUGCCACACAUAGCAACAUCGCCCUGUGCCAUCAGAAAUCCAACGAUCACUUUGAGGCCAAGCAGGAGUGUAAUGCUGUUCUUGAAUUGGAUGCUAACAAUGUCAAGGCCUUAUAUCGACGCGGACAAUGCAACCUGAUUAUCAAUGAGUUGGAGGACGCUUUGGAAGACUUUCAGAAAGUCAUACAAUUGGAGCCGGGUAAUAAGGCUGCUGCCAAUCAUGUUGUUAUUUGUAAGCAAAAGAUUAAGCUAAACAAGGAUAAGGAGAAGAAGUUGUAUGCGAAUAUGUUUGCCAAGUUGGCAGCUGGCGAUAAAGAGACGGAACCACCACGUGAAACGGACGUGCUGGAUCAGUGCGGUGAGUGGUCCGAGGAAGAUGCGAAACGCGAAGCUGAUUUGACGUUAGAGCGCGACAAUAUUAUCAUGAUUUAAAUAAUGUACACAAUGCAUGCGGCUCAUUGAGCUAUUCUUUCUAAUACAUUACCAACAUUAUUAUUAAUUACUUACAAUUUCGAAAUGCUUAAGUUUCCAAAUCAAUGAAAUGAAUCGUAAUGAACGCACAUACAAAAAUAUAUAUUUACUAUAGUGAACAA